AUGGAGGACAAGCGCAAGAAGAGGAGCCCCAAAGUGUCGCUCCCGCAGCCGCCGCCUCCCCCGGUCAACCCACGCAAGGUCUCCGUCCUGCCGGCCAGCAAAAGUGCCACCUUUUCCCUUGGCCUGCCGCAGCCCCCCUCCCCUAAAAACCGGGGCAAGUUCAAAAGGUCCAUAGGGGCAACAGGACAGCCAAAAGAGGUGUUCGCUGGCGUGGUGGCUCCACCUAAGACCAGCAGGACCCACAAGGAGAAGCCAAGAGCUCCGCAGCCUGCCGGUCCCAGCAAAGUUGUCCAGUCAUCCCCCCUACAGCACUCCUUUCUCACCGACGUGUCCGACGUGAGAGAGAUGGAGGGAGGCCUCUUGAACCUCCUCAACGACUUCCAUUCUGGCAAACUGCAGGCUUUUGGUAAAGUGUGCUCCUUUGAGCAACUGGAGCAUGUGCGCGAGAUGCAGGAGAAGCUGGCGCGUCUUCACUUCAGCAUGGACAGCCACGUGGAGGAGCUUUCCGAGGACCAGAGGAAGUGCGCCUCUGAUCUCAACCUGGAGCACCUGCUCUGCAACCUGGAGGAGCUAAGCACCUCAAUACAAAAGCUCCACUUGGCUGAGAACCAGGACCUGCCCAAGACAUCUGCUCCCUGA